AUGAACCUGGCCUACCUGGCCCAGAUCGGCUUGCCGGUCGGACGCCACAAGGAAAUCGCGGCGGCGCUUCUGCAAAACGGCGGCGACUGGGGCUCAGCCUACAAGUGCUACUGCUCCAAAGACGAGCUGGAGGCAAUGCGAGCGAAGGCAGAAGAGCAGCACGUUGCGUUCAGAUAUCCUGGGAAGUGUCGCAACCUGGGCCCAGAUUUCGUGCCCCCUCCAGACCGUCAGCCUGUUCUUCGAAUAAAGACCCCGAACGACGAUGGCGCGACAAGUUGGCAGGAUGGAGUGAUGGGCUUGAUUGAGAUCCCGAACAAGGAUGUCGACGAUUUCAUCAUCCUCCGUGCGGAUGGGACGCCGACCUACCUGCUGGCAGUGGUCGUGGACGACCAUGACAUGGGCGUGACGCAGGUCAUCCGCGGCUCAGAUCACAUUGGCAACACCGCCCGCCAGAUUGCGGUCUUCAAGAACAUGGCCUGGGACCUCCCGGACUUCGCGCACCUCCCACUGAUCCACGGCCCGGACGGCAAGAAGCUAUCCAAGCGCCAUGGGGCGACGGGCCUGGAGGAGUUCGAGGCCAAAGGAUACCUGCCGGAGUCCAUACGGAACUACCUCGCCCGGCUGUCCUGGUCCCAUGGCGACGACGAGAUCUUCUCCACGGAGCAGGCCAUCGAGUGGUUCAACUUGUCAGCCUGCUCUCGAGGAGCACCAUGCUUUGACUUCGACAAGCUGAACGGUUUGAAUCAGCACUACAUCAAGGAGGCCGACCACCUGCGCCUGGCCGAGAUCCUGCUGAAGCUCUUUCCCGAGGUGGCCCCUCACAUGGAGAAGCUUCGCGACCUUCGCGUGGCGAGCAUGCUGAAGGUGCGCGCCAAGACGCUGCUGGAGUACAAGCAGGCCGGAUGGUUCUUCAUGUCCCAGCGGCCCAUCGAGGUGUCGCCGGCAGCGGCCGCAGAUCUCAAGGGGCCUUCUGCGCAGGAGGCCCUCGAGGCCUUGGUGCAGCUGCUGGAGAGCUAUGCUGGCGACUGGAGCCCUGAGAGCCUGGAGACCUACAUCAAGGACUGGGUGGCGACCAAGAAGGUGAAGUUGGGGGUCCUGGCCAAACCGGCGCGGGCCGCGCUGACCGGCGCCACUGCAUCGCCCGGUCUCUUCGAGGUCAUCUGGGCCAUUGGGCGUGAAGAGUCCAUCGCGCGCCUCAGGGAUGGCGUGGAAGGCGCCUUCAAGGUGUCGGAGGGCUGA